AUGAACUGGACUGGAGGGCAAUUACGUCGUCACUCCGGCCCACAAGAUACAUUGUCCAAAUAUCAACGUCAGAACUUUGCGAAAUCUCGGAGGUCGGUCUAUGAGAGACUAUCCACUCCGUUUCACAGGCCAUCCCAACUUCCUGAAAUUUCCUUGGAACAAGAACAAGAUCAUGGCGAUAUGGUUGUUUUGAAGCGCCGACUUCUCCAAACCCCUGAUUGGGCAUCUGUCUCCGCUGCUCAUCCACUAGAUAUUUCGUUCGCCCAGGAAGAGGAAUUAGAGCAAUUUGGGAAGCGAAGAAGAUUGAAUGCCAUUGAUCGAAAACGCCUGGCAGUGACACAUGAUAAUCAGCCCAUAUCAGGUCUCUUCCAGUCUCGACAGAGAACGAAUUUCUCCGAGGAGAGGAUCGCUAAUACCAACCACAUCAAAAUACGUAUCAACGGACAUCUUACCAAGCCACACUCGGAGGACAGUCCAGAAAUAACUACCCAUCCAUCUUCCCAGACAAUGCUUCUUGAUCAUGAGGAAUCUUCCAUGCCUUGUACACCGCGUCGGGGUAGUGACAAAAGCAAAACGCAAGAUCCAUGGACACAGCGCACUAACCGCCUUUCACUCCAACUAAAUUACAGUCAUGCACCACUUAGCUUGCAAAACCUACUAAGAAUCCAAGCCCAACCAUCUGCAGCAGAAAAACCCGAUGCAGUCGCUCAGUACCUUUCUCAAACCGACUGUUCAACAAGAUUAAUGUCAAACAGCCCUUCCCAUAACCACCAAAUGAAAUCAGGCCAGUUUGUGUCUUCAGCCCUUGACUCUUCAUCCAUGGCCGAUGCAUCACAGCCAAACUCCUGGUACUUUCAAAUUGACGAACAGAAUCCUGAAGAGCAAACAGAACCCGACACUCUGAAAUCUGUGUCACCUGACCGAGAAACACUGCUACUUGAAUCACCCACAACACUCAAUUUCGAGACGAUGUCUUACUUAGAACCUACUAGCUGGCUUCCACAACCACAGCAGCGCCAACCUUUGAGCAGUCUUCAUACCUGUGUUCAAGAUGGGCCUCGGGGCCUCUCGUCUGACGAGCCCAUUUAUCCGAGUCCAUUCAGCUCACUUUUGAACAAGACAGCAAUUGCACGCCCACCCAGUCAUGCAGCUGUCAAAAUCUUUAGUCAGAUUCUCAGUUGA